AUGAGGCUGGAUCCUACAUUCUCUGUUCUCAACCAGACUGAACCCAUGUCAGGGCCUGGGCCCUUCAUCUUGCUGGGAGUCCCAGGACUGGAGGCCUUGCAUGCCUGGAUCUCUGUCCCCGUGUGCCUGCUGUACAUGGCAGCAUUGGCAGGAAAUGCCCUCCUGCUGGGGCUGGUGGUGGUGGACAAGGCCCUUCAGGCACCUAUGUACCAGCUUCUGGGGCUCCUGGCGUUCAUGGACUUGGUUCUGUCCACAUCCAUAGUGCCCAAAGCUCUGGCAGUUCUCUGGGGCCUAUCAGGGGAGAUCUCCUUUGGGGCCUGUCUUGCCCAGCUCUUUGUUGCCCAUGUGGCCUUCAUUGCUGAGUCCUCUGUGCUGUUGGCCAUGGCGGUGGACCGCUAUGUGGCCAUUUGCCAGCCGCUGCGUUAUGGAGCCCUGCUGACCCAACGUGUGGUGGGCAUGGUGGCGGUAGCAGCUGUGACCAGAGGCACCUGUGUCAUGAUUCCCCCCAUAGCUCUACUCCAGAGACUGCCAUACUGUGGGCAGCGGGCACUGCCCCACACCUACUGCGAGCACAUGGGGGUAGCCCGGCUGGCCUGUGGAGACACACGGCCCAACAUCUGGUACGGGCUGGCCACCACGCUGCUUUCCCCAGUCCUGGACCUGGGGCUCAUCGGUGCUUCCUAUGCCCUCAUCCUCCGGGCCAUCUGUCGCCUGCCCUCUCAUGGUGCCCGCCACAAGGCCCUAGGCACCUGCGGGGCCCACGCCAGCGUCAUCACUCUCUUCUACACUCCUGCCCUCUUUUCCUUCCUGGCUCACCGUUUCGGCCGCCAGACGGUCCCAAGUCACAUCCACAUCCUGCUGGCGAACCUUUAUGUGGUGGUGCCUCCCGCCCUCAACCCUGUGGUCUAUGGGGUUCGCACCCAACAGAUUGCCCAGAGGCUCAGGCACCUGCUGCGGCUGUGCUGGGUAGGGCCAGCGAGGGAUGUGGGCCCUGAGUGA